GUACCAAUGCUGAUGCGGCGGUUGGGCUCGUCUGACUCUGGGACCUUCUUUGCAAGAUCGUCAAACGGAGUAUUCUGGAACUUCGAUACUCUUUUAUUUGUACCGAGCGCUGUGUGAAGGUUUUGCGAGGUUUGCAGGUACUCAGGGAAGUUAGAGAAGAAACGCUCGGAGUUUGUGACGAUGGGGUGGUUUACGAACCUUGUGGUGGUGAUGUCCUGCGUUGCCGGGGGGCUGGUGCUCUAUCCGGUGCAGGUCACGGACAUUGGUGCAGCGGAACAAGCGGCCGUUACUGUGUCUGGGAUUGUCCGGCUGGUGCACUUGUUAAGCUUCGCUACUGCGUUUGGAACAGCUGUUUGGGCGUCCUUCAUCGGAGGUAUCAUCAUGUUUAAGAACUUGCCCAGACACCAGUUCGGCAACUUGCAAGCCAAAAUGUUUCCAGCUUACUUCAAGCUUCUGACAGUGUGUUGCUCCCUAUGCGUGAGUGCUAUGGCUACCACUCAUCCUUGGUUGAGUGCCACGAGAAGAGAGCGCUUACAGAUCGUAGCUCUGGGAGUGUCGCUCUUCACAGUAGUUUUCAACUUGUUGGUUUUUCAGCCUCUGACUGUCAAGAUUAUGAAGCAAAGGCAUAAGAUUGAGAAAGACAGUGGGAUUGGAUCUGAAGUUGGGCGGUCGAAGAACCUCGAGGUGGCCAAGUCCAACCCAGAAUUGGCAAAGAUAAACAAAACCUUCGGCAUGGUUCAUGGUUUCUCUUCACUUGCCAACAUCUUCUGUUUCGGUGGUCUGGCAUUCCAUUCUUGGUACAUUGCCUCCCGAAUGCUGCUUUAGAUGAACCAUUCAGCACGUAGCUGGACUGUUUUCCUUCGUAAAACCUACAACAUCUUCAUUCUACUUCAAAUUUGAAUGUUGAUUCUAACCUCGCUUGAAGCCCUUGUGAAGACAUUCAGUAGCCAUGGAAUGGGUGCAUUUCAUGUCUACGCUUGCCCAUGUUCAAUAUUCUUUGGAGGUUGUGAGUGAUUCCAGUACUUCAAGCUCAGUUAGCAAUUUAAAAGCAUGUUUACUAUGAUUUGUUUACCUUGUGAGUCAGAUCUUCAUGUUGGCUCUUGACAAAGUCUUUGCUUUUGUGGUGUGUGACUUCGACACUAUGUUGCUCGAAUUAUAACUCAAAGGUAGAUUUAGUGUGUGUUCACUCUGACUUUCUUCAAUCAAGAAUCAUAGAAUGUUUUCCUUUUUAA